AUGAUUCGCAGGGGACUGAUAGUAGCAAGAAGAAUGUCUAGUGAUAUCAGUUACGAUGCUGUGAGGAAAGAAGAGCUGAUUGGGGCUUAUCAGACGAUGAAAGAUAAGAUCAAUGCCACUGCUCAGGAAGUCGGUAAUGUUAACGUUGAAUUACUAGCUGUUUCCAAGUAUAAGCCUGCUGCAGACAUCAAAAUUUUGUAUGAUUAUGGUGUGAGACACUUUGGGGAAAACUACGUUCAAGAGAUGAUUACGAAGAGUGAGAUUUUACCCCAGGAUAUUAAAUGGCAUUUCAUCGGCGGUUUGCAAAGUAACAAAUGCAAGGAUUUGGCUAAGAUUGCGAACCUUUACUCGGUAGAGACCGUUGAUUCGUUAAAGAAGGCGAAGAAGUUGGAAGAAGCCAGAGGGAAGUGGAACCCGGAUGCACCCGUGAUCACGUGUAAUGUUCAGAUCAACACUUCUGGAGAGGAACAAAAAUCCGGAUUGUUCGCAGAAGUAGAGGUGUAUUCGAUUGUUGAAUAUCUUAUCAAGGAGGCCAAGCAUGUUAGUUUGAAUGGAUUAAUGACUGUAGGAUCCUGGGACGUAUCCCAUUCAGGUAAUGAAGAAAACCAAGAUUUUGCUAGAUUAGUUGAAUGGAAGAAAAAGCUUGAUGCAAAAUACGGCUUGGACUUGAAACUCUCAAUGGGUAUGACCGCGGACUUCAGACAAGCUAUCAAACAGGGAACUUCCGAAGUUAGGAUCGGUACUGCCAUUUUUGGUUCAAGACCACUUAAAAACUAA